AUGUCGCGGAACGUCUUUCCUCUGAGCAUCAUCAAGGAUGACAUUGUAAUCAGUGGCAUCGGCGGCAGGUACCCGGAGUCCGAUUCACUGGAUGAGUUUCGAGACAACCUCUUCAACAAUGUCGACAUGAUCACCGGUGAUGAUCGACGAUGGCCAACACCUGUCUACGGCAUGAGUCCUCGAAUGGGCAAACUGAAGGAAGUGGACAAGUUCGACGCCUCCUUCUUCGGCGUCGUUCCAAAGGUGGCCGAUGAGGUUGACCCCCACGGGCGGAUACUGCUGGAAACCACCUGGGAGGCGAUCGUCGAUGCGGGCAUCAAUCCCCAGUCACUGCGUGGCAGCAACACUGGCGUCUACGUGGGCUACACCUCGGUGGCAAUGCCCGACGGUGUGCCGCAUGAGGUGCAGCGAGACGUGCAGGCGUCCAAGGUCGAAUCACUGCUGUGGUUCCAGGGAGGCUCAAAAGCCUUCUACUCGAACCGAGUAUCCUUUGUCUUUGACUUCCACGGUCCUUCCAUGUCCAUCGACGUCGCCUGUGCCUCCUCGAUGGUCUGCCUGGACAUUGCCGUCACUGACAUGCGUCUGGGCAAGUGCGACCAGGCCAUUGUCGCCGGUGUGAGCAUCAACUUGAACCCCUUCACCAAUCACAUCUACCAGGCAAACAGCAUCGGCGCCCCUGAUGGUCGCUCAAAAGUCUGGGACCAGAAUGCCAACGGUUACGUCCGCGGUGAAACAGUGGCCAGCAUCUUUCUGCAGAAGAAGCCCGACUCGAAGCGCAUCUACGCGACGGUGCUGCACGCCAAGACGAACAUUGACGGCUACAAAAUCUCUGGCAUGUUCUUUCCAUCAACUGACAGCCAGUACGAUCUCAUGGUGAAGACCUACACUGAAGCAGGCGUGGAUCCGCUCGAUGUGAACUACUUUGAAGGACACGGCACGGGAACAAAGGCCGGAGACCCUCAAGAGGCACGAGCCAUCAUGGAGGCGUACUGUAAGGGUCGCAAGGGUGUUCUGCCCGUUGGUCUGCUAAAGAGUAACAUCGGCCACGGCGAGGGAGCCUCCGGUGUGGCAUCACUCUCCAAGCUGUGCAUCGUCUAUGAGAACAAGAAGAUACCGGCCAAUCUCAACAUGACUGUCCUCAAGGCAGACAUCGCAGAGAUGGUGCCACCGCUGGAGCCAGUUACCGCAAACCGAAACUACGAACCAGGAAUAGUCGGUGUAAACUCGUUCGGCAUUGGUGGCGUCAAUGCGCACGCACUGCUGAAACCGAACAAGAAGGAGAUCACUGCAGAGAGCAGGCUGAUUGCCGAUCAAAUUCCUCGACUGGUGAACAUCAAUGGCCGCACUGAGGAGGCGGUGAACCACAUGUUUGAGUUUAUGGAGAAGAACCCGGACCGAGUCACUCGCGAGUUCCUCGCACUGAUUGGCGAAACGGUCAACUACGAGCCGAGCAUCUACUCCUCUGGUUUUCCUUACCGCGGAUCGGUGCUCAUCAAGAAGGACUCCGAUUCGGGCAAGCUGACGUACAGCAAGAAGGUCUCCAAGGUGGACAACAACAAACGACCAAUCUGCUACUUCUUCUCUGGAAUGGGCAGUCAGUGGUCAGCGAUGGCAAAAUCCUUGAUGGGCAUUGACCUCUUUGCCAAUGCCAUACAACUGUGUGCCGACCACCUGAGCAAGGUCAACAUUGACCUGAAGUACAUUCUGUUGUCAGAGGACCCAAAAGCUCUGGAGGAAAAGAUCCACCACUUUGUGGCCAUCACCUCAAUGCAGAUCGCCCUGGCCGACGUCUUCAAGGCACUGGGCAUUGAGCCCGAUUACAUCAUUGGCCACUCCUUCGGCGAGAUUGCCUGCGCUUACGCGGACGGCUGCCUCACACUGGAGCAGGCCAUCAUUACCUCAUACUGGCGAGGCAAGGCCAUCAGCGAUGCGAACAUUGAGCACGGCAUGAUGGCCGCCGUGGGUCUCUCUUGGGAGGACACCGUCAAGCGCUGUCCAGAGGGCGUCUACGCCGCCUGCCACAACUCCGCCGACUCGGUGACCAUUUCGGGCAGCUACGACAAGGUGAACGCCUGCGUCGACCAGCUGUCCGCCGACAAGAUCUUUGCCCGAGAGGUGCAGUGCGCCAACAUUCCCUUCCACUCGCCGCUGCUGCAGCCGGCGGCGCAACAAAUGACCGAGGCGCUGCAGGGCGUCAUUCCGCAGCCGAAGGCACGCAGCGCCAAGUGGAUCUCCACCUCGGUGGCGCAGUCGGAGGCGAGUUCGGCCCGGGCGGCCACCGCCUCUCCGCAGUACUUCGUGAACAACCUCAUCAAUCCGGUGCUGUUCCACGACGCCAGCAAGCUCAUCCCCAAGGAGGCGAUCAUCAUCGAGCUGGCGCCCCACGCGCUCUUCUCUGCCAUCUUCAAGCGCAGCAUGCCGGCGGCCAGCUACGUUGGUCUGCUGAAACGCAACGGCAACGCCACCAAUCUGGACAUGUACCUGAACGCCCUCGGUCAGCUGUACCAGCUGGGCGUCAACCUCAACCUGGCACCGCUUUACCCGACCGUUCAGUGGCCAGUGCCCCGGAACACGCAGUCCAUCGGUUCGCUGGUCCGCUGGGAUCACAACAAAAGCUACCUGGUGAAGACCUAUCCUGAGUAUCACUGCCGAGCCACCGCUUCUGACUACGUGCAAAAGUUCUCCCUCGCCAACCCUGAUGACCAGUUCUUGAAGGAUCACGCCUUUGACGGGAAGUGCGUCCUCCCUGCCAGCGCCUACCUGCUCAUGGUGUGGCGUCGUCUGGCCUCCUCUCGAGGCCUCCUCUGGUACCACUUUCCGGUAGUCUUUGAGAACGUCGAGUUCAAACGCCUGACGCCAAUGUCGGAGAACGAAGUCAAGCUAAGCGUCCGCCUGCUCGAUCCAACGGGUGAGUUUGUGGUGCUUGACGGCGGCAAUGUGGCCGCCUCUGGUCGAGUUUAUUGCCCUGAAGAGGACAAACUGCCGCUCAACUACCAGAACUUGAUUGACAACUUUAGCAUUGAAAGCGAUGAAUGGAAGGGACACAAGCUGAACAUGAAUGAGUUCUACACAGAGACCAAUGUGCGCGGAUUCGACUACGGACCUAACUUUAAGCAAAUCCAAGAGGUGGAGUUUGACGGUUUUGACCGUUCUCGAGCUCAGGUGAAAUGGGAGAACAACUGGGUCACUUUUGUUGAAUCGAUGAUUCAGUUGUACGCUACACACACCACUGCACGGUCCAUUCAUGUCGCUCAGAGUUUGCCCAGUCUCAAGUGCGAUCCACGAGUCCUCUGGGGAACGACGCCAGCCAACAUUCCCGUCAUUACCGAUGCUGGACUGAAGUGCGUCGUCUCUCGAGGCAUCGAGAUGAAGGGCCUCAAGUUUGCCAACAUUCCACUAAAGAACGUAAUGCGAGACGUGAAAAUGGAAAAGUACGAGUUUGUGCCGUUCACUGAGGCGGGCGCCAUUGAGGACGUGGACGCCAGAGAACUUCAGUCGUACAUCUACUCUUGCAAUCUGGUGGCCGACCGACUGGCGGCACUGCUGCAGAAGGGCGACAGUGCAAAGGGUGCCUCCAUUUCGGCCAUCCUGCACCGACCGCACGCCGACAAUGAGGUGCUGCUGAAGCUGCUCGCCGAGAUGUACAAGUCAGUGGUCGAUGAGAAUGGCAAUCCAACCGGGCAGAACAUCAGCGGCGAUCUGGUGCGCAAGAUUGUGGCGGAGAACAAGCUGGACUUUAGCAAAGACUUGCUCAAUUUGGUGACCAAGAACGGGCGGAUGAUGCGCUCAUCACUAGAUGUGGUCAAUGAGAACUGCCUGCGAAACAUGAACGUCAUUGAGGCAAACUACAGCACUGGCAGCAUCGUAAAGGACCUUCUUCAGCACAUGGGCUACUUCUUCCACUACCCACUCGUGGUGGAUUGUGUGCUCGCCACAAAGGACACCAAAGCACUGCCCAAGGAAGUCCAGAACGCCGGCUACCAGCUGCUGGACUGGGACACCGUCUCCAGCUCUACACUGCCCACUAUCGAGGCACCAGCCGACCUACUAGUAUACAAGGACUCGCCUGAGCUGGCCAAGAUGAACUUGAAGACCUUUGCCAAAGAUCUGGCCAGCAACGUCAAAGAAGGUGGCUUUCUCUUUGCAGUCUUCCGAUCAAAGCUGUGCAAGGCAGAGUCGUUGCUCAAUCACAUUACUGGAUCAUCUCAGUCGACGCCGUCACUGGUUCAGCGUAUUGCCGACUUUGAGAGCAGCGCAGUGAAUGCCGGCUUCAACUUGAUCUCCAAAAAGACUGACUCCAUCACUUCAACCUGUUUGCUGCUCAGAAAGGCUUUCGCCGAAAUGGAGCCCACCAAACAGGCCAUAGUUGAGGUGCAAUUUGGCGAGUUCACCAACUGGGUGGACAAGCUGAAGAACGCUUUCACAGAGUACAAGAACAAACCCAAGAGUCAGAACGUGUGGAUGGUCUCCGAUGACAGCACUCUGAACGGCGCCCUCGGUCUGAUGAACUGUCUGAAGCAAGAGCCCGGUGGCGAUCGAUUCCGGUGCAUCUUUAGCGGCACCAAACUGCCCAGACCGAUUGACUUCACAGUGUCGCCUUACAAGGAGAUCCUUCAGAAGGACCUGCAGAUGAAUGUGCUUCGUGAUCACCAGUGGGGCACCUACCGUCUGCUCAAUUUGGAGCGCGAUUACGACAAAACGGAGACAACUGAGGCGUACAUUGACGUGGUGAAGAAAGGCGAUCUCUCCAGUCUAAAGUGGUUCGAGCUGAUGGCCCUGGGCAGCAUCAAGCCUAAUCAGGUUAAUGUGACGAUCAACUUUUCCGGUCUUGACUACAAGGACUUUUUGCUUGGAACGGGCUCUCUCGGAACUGACUACGUCGAUCGAGCAAUUGGCACUGAGUUUGCUGGCCGACGUACUGACAAUGGCAAACGAGUGAUGGGCAUUGCAUGCAGCAAGGCGAUUGCCACCUCCAUCGACAUCAACCCACAGGUUCUGGUGGAGAUUCCCGACAAUUGGAGCAUGGAAGACGGAGCCGCCACGAUAAACUCUCUCUUCCUUGCAUGGUACAGUCUGGUGAACCGCGCUCAGAUUGAAGAAGGUGAAACAAUUCUCAUCCACCCUGCGACCAGCGCCAACGGUCUGGUGGCAAUUCAGAUAUGCCAAAAGAUGGACUGCCGCAUUCUGGCAACUGCCACUACUGAGGAGAAGCGGCAAUUCCUCAUCGAGCGAUACGGCAUUCCCGAGGAGAACAUCUUCAAUCCCAACGAGGCCAACUUUGUUGAUGAAAUUCUCACCCUGACUGGAGCCAAUGGAGUGGAUGUGGUCUUUGACUCCGCCUCCAGUGAAAAGUUAUCCACCAGCUGUCCAAUUGUCUCCAACUACGGACGGUACAUUGAAGUAGACAGUCCUGAUUCAUCGCCCAAUGCUGCCGCCAUUCGCCGCAACACGCAGUACUUUAGCAUUUCUUCACUCAUCUCGGAAGACUCAUUUGAAGUGAUCAUCCCUAAGCUGAUCAAGAAUUUUUCCGCCUGGUUCAAGGAAGCCAAAAAAUACAUCAAACCAGUGCCGCGAAAUGUUUUCCGCCGAAGCUCCAUUGAUCAGGCGAUUAAUGCCUUGAACUCCAAUAAGACUAUUGGCAAGGUGAUCGUCCAAAUUCGCGAUGAAGAGGCACAACAAGUGAAGAUUCAAGCCAUUUCAAAGUGCUGGUUUGACGCCAAAAAGUCCUACAUCCUGGUGGGCGGUUUGGGCGGUCUCGGCCUGGAGGUGGCCUACUGGAUGGUCACUCGAGGUGCAAAGAAACUGGUGUUGGUCUCUCGCAGUGGCGUCAAGAACGACUACCAGUACGUUUUUGUGAGGCGAGUGGCGAAUGCGCUGAAGAACAGAGACGACGUCCAGGUGAAGAUUUCCACUUCUGAUCCGUCGUCAAUGGCAGGCGCAGAGAAGCUGAUCAACGAGUCGGCAGAACUGGGCCCAGUGGGCGGCAUCUUCCACUUUGCCACCGUUCUGAGCGAUGCCUUCAUCGAGGACCAGACGGCGGCGGCCUUCAAGAAGGUCUGCGCCCCGAAGAUGGACGCCCUGGGCUUCCUGGACACGGUGACGCGCAAGAGCUGUCCCCGACUGGACUACUUUGUCGCCUUCUCCUCGCAGAGCUCCGGUCGCGGCUUUGUGGGGCAGAACAACUACGGCUACGCCAACUCGGUGAUGGAGCACAUCUGCGAAGACCGCAAGCGCGACGGUCUGCCCGGCCAGGCCAUUCAGUACGGACCGAUCGGCGACGUGGGCCUGUGGGCGCAGAACGACCACAUUGACCUGACCAGCAUCGGCAUGGUCAUCGAUACUCAGCGCAUUCCCAGCUGCAUGGAGGUGCUCGACCGCUUCCUCAACCUGCCGCACGCCAUCGUCUCCACCAUUGUCCGCCUGGAGGGGGCACAGCAGUCCGCGGGGGCGGCCAGCGCCAAGAACCACAUCUGGCAGGGCAUCGGCAUUGACAUGAGCUCGCUGCCGGACAACCUCACUCUGGGCGACGUCGGCAUGGAGAGCAUUCUCGCCGUGGAGAUGCAGCAGCGAAUUGACCGAGAGUAUGGCGUCAACCUGUCUGCUGAUGAGAUCAAGCAGAUCACUGUGGGGCAAAUCAAGGAGUACCAAACGGAUAACAAGGCGACAAUCAAGGAGAAGAUAGCAGCAUUCAAACAAAGCUUAAAAAAGUGA